UGCGUUUCGUGAACAAAUUUGGUGCCGGUUAAAUUGCAAAAUGUCGGUUCGGAUGAAACACAAAUCACGAAGGAGUUGAUGAUCAACCGGUAGGCGGCAGUAAAGCACCACAAAUAUUGCGCUACAACCUCUAAACAGAGCAGAUAAAGGAGAAGGAAGACAUGUCCACUUUUCGUGUUUAAUAUAAUUUACUUGUCAAAGGUACAAUAACAGCUGUUGUAAAGAUGCCAGCAGGUGUGUCUUGGCCAAGGUACAUGAAAAUGUUUGUAGCCAGUGUGUUGUCCAUGUUUGCUGGUGCAGAGGUCGUCCAUCAGUAUUACCGCCCUGAUUUGAGUAUUCCAGAGGUUCCUCCAAAACCUGGAGAACUGCAGACAGAGCUACUGGGAUUGAGGGCUCCUCUGAAGACGACCUCUGAAAAACAAUGAUGUCAAUUCUCAUAUAUAAUUGUGUAUAUACGUGUAAACCAAAUAUAAAAAUGCAAAAAGUGUUGUACCAUGGAAAUUGUGAAAGUCCAUACUGUCAGAAUAAAGAGAUUUGUUUUAUUUUGUUUUAUAAACUAAUAAAAAAAAGCCUUUUUGUUUAUGUAUAAACGAAA